AUGGAUGACAAGCGCAAGCACCACAAGAAGAAAAAGGUGGGGAAGAAGGCCAAGAGGAAGAAAAUAAGCAAGGGAGCAAACCGCGGCGCAAAGAACAAUGAAGCGAAGAAGUUUCAUAAGGCCUUCGCCUUCAGCGGAGGCAUCCGAAGUGCGCACCGGAGGAAGCAGCACCAAUUCGAGUUAGAAGAAAAGAAGUUAAGGGUUCCAAAACAUUUUAAAGAGUGCAGCAAGAGUAGCCCACUGAUAGUAGCCAUACAAGGCCCCAAAGGGGUGGGAAAAACGACUCUCUUGAAAAGCCUCAUUAAGCACUACGUUGGAGUAUCCAUCAAUGAAGUGCGAGGACCUAUAUCGAUAAUUACGAAGGCGUUAAAAAGGUACACCUUCGUAGAGGUCGACGAUGACAUUCUCAACAUGAUUGAUGUGGCGAAGAUCGCCGACCUGUGUCUGCUCGUCAUCGAUGGCAGCUACGGGCUUGAACUUGAGACGCUUGAAUUUGUAAGCAUCUUAAAUACACAUGGCUUGCCCAAGGUGAUUGGAGUAGUUACUCAUUUGGACAAGUUUAAAGACAGCAAAAGCAUCCGGAAGAGAAAAAAAAAGCUGAGUAAAAGAUUUACCGAAGAGAUGGUCGAGGGGGCAAAAAUAUUCUUCCUCAGUGGAAUUCAAAAUGGAAAAUACAACAAAACGGAGAUACGAAAUUUUUGUAAAUUCGUUUCGUCGAUUAAGCGGCCACAGAUCUCGUGGAGGGAACAACAUGGAUACAUUUUAGGUCUUCGCUUAGAUGUCGAUGAGAUUGCAACCGAAGAGGAUGCUAUGUUGACAGUCCGUCCAAAAGGAAAGCAGCACCGGCAAGAAAGGAAGCAGGACGAAGAGGAAGACAGCCGAAUUGACCAGUUUCUCUCCAAAUGCGAUGAGGAAGUCUGCGUCCACGUGGAAGGGUUCGUUUAUGGGUCCAAGAUUUUUAACAAUCAAGUGGUACACAUACCUAACAUUGGAGACGUCCAGAUCAGAGACAUUCAGAUCCUCCAGGAUCCUUUUCUCACCGAUGAACAGAAGAAGAAUCCAAAUGUCUAUGCCCCAAUGGCAGACGUCGGCAACGUGGCCUUCGAUUUCGACAACAUGUUUAUACACAUUCCCAAGAGCAAGGUGAACUUCACCCCAGGGGAGUCGCUCCUUGGGGGGGGAGGAGAAACGGCAGCAGGAGGUGGCGGAGACAGUGCAGAAGGGAGUGGCGAAGGAAGCGACGAAGAAUCCGGCGAAGAAUCCGGCCGUGGGACCGCUAUCCCCCCUGGUAAGCGGGACGACGAGAGGUACAUGACGGAGGGCAUACGCAUGAUUCGGGCCCUGCAGACGUCCAAGUACGCGCUGUGCAGCGACGCGGAGGGGGACAACGAGCCGGUGCUCUUCGACGGCCAAGAAGCAGGCCACCGGCGGAAGGCCCCCUCCAACGUGUUCGUGAGCGAGCGGCAGAAGAAGAAGAAGCAGGCGGAGAAGUACAUCAACGAGAAGGCCAAGGAGUACACAGAACUGGAGCCGAUUCUGUUCGGGAAGAGGGACGCGGAGGACGACUACCACUACGCGGAUGGGGUGACCCUCUCGGCCAGCGGGGAAGGGGAGGAACAGGAACAGGAUGACCAAGAGGGGGACGAUGAGGCGGGUGACGAUGAGGAGGAUGACGAUGGGGAGGAUGACGAUGAGGAAGAUGACGAUGAGGAUGAUGACGAUGAGGAGGAUGACGAUGAGGAGGAUGACGAUGAAGAUGAUGACGAUGAGGAAGAUGACGAUGAGGAGGAUGACGAUGAGGAGGAUGACGAUGAAGAUGAUGACGAUGAGGAGGAUGACGAAGGGGACGACGUCGCCGCGAACUCGGCGAACUCGGCAACCAUCCCUAAUUUUGCUAACUAUCAUAACCCCGGGGAGCACCACCUGGCGCAGGAGCUCGCGUUCGACAACAAAGCCAGCCUGGACGCCUUCAUUUAUGACACGCGGUACAUCCACAAGAGGAACAACCACCUGUACUUCAAGGGGGACAUCCUGGUGGUGAUGCGGCGGGAGAAGAAGGGGGUGCACGGGGAACAAGACUUCUAUAGCCUCCUCAGCCCGGACGCCGUGAAGGAAGAAAAAGCACAGCGGCUGUACAGCUAUAUGCACGAGGAGAACUACUUCCUAGACGAAGUGGACUCCUUCAAAUGCACCACAGAGCAGGUGUUCAUCUUUAACAACCUGACCGUGUCGCUGGGCGAUGUGGCGGACGAGGCCCUGACGGAGAAGUUCUUCUCGCGGUACAGAAGCCUCUAUGAGGGGUGUUUUGGGACCACCGACGGGAUGGGGAGCGGGGAAGAGGUGGACGCGGUGAGUGAGAAGGAGGCAAACCAACAGGGGGAUAACUCCCUCGGGAGGGGUGACACAACAGGUGAGAGGGAUACCGCUUUGAUGGACGAAGCGGAAGGGAAGGCCUCCAUCAAGAAGGAAAAGGCAGAAAGGGAACAACAGAAGGAAAAGUACCAAGAGACGGAGGGUAUCGGUGUGUUAAGCAGCAACACAUACGGAUCUUCCGUCAACAUCGGUGAAUACAUAAAAGUGGUCUUCAAAAUAGAGAGGAAAAAAUUAGCAGUGAUGAAAAAGGGAAUUAUAAUCUGUGGAGGAUUGCAGACGUAUGAGGAGAAGGAAUCCAUGAUUCACUGCCGAGUAAAGAAGCAUCGGUGGUUCCCAAAAGUGUUAAGGUCAAAUGACCCUCUUAUCAUCUCGAUAGGCUGGAGGAGGUACCAGAGCAUCCCCAUUUAUUCCAUAAACGAGAGAAACAACGUUAGGAUAAGAUUUCUAAAAUACACAACAGAGCACAUGCAUUGUAACUGCACCUUUUAUGGACCACUGGCAGGUGCCAACAAUGGCAUCUUGGCCAUCUGUAACCAUAAGAAGGUGCCGUACUAUCGCAUCUGCUUAAACGGAGUGACGUUAGAGACAAACACAAAUGUUAAAGUCAUGAAAAAAUUGAAGCUGAUUGGAGAGCCAUACAAGAUUUUCAAAAAUACAGCGUUUGUUAAAAAUAUGUUUAAUUCGGAUCUGGAGGUGAGCAAAUUCAUUAACUGUCCUGUGGUGACUCCAAGUGGGAUUAAAGGUUUGAUAAAAAGUAAGUUGUCUGAUAACGGAAACUGCAGAUGUACCUUCGCAGACAAAGUUCGCAUCAGUGACAUUGUGAUUCUAAAACUGUACGUCAAUGUGAAGGUGAAGAAAUUUUUUACUUACGAUGUGGAGAAUAAGUUGAGGUCCAUAAAUGAGCUAAGGUAUAUCUACAACCUGUAUGUUAAUCACAAGAGCAACUAUAGGAGUGUCCCCUUUCGUCAUUUUUAUCAUUCGAAGAUACACAUAAAUCCGAAGCUGCUAAGAGAACUUCCGUACAAAUCCAAACCCAAGCUGUUCAGCAAAAUGAGCAAUGAGGAAGAAUUAAAGAAAGAGAAACAGAGGAAAGACGACCAGAUUAAUUUCCGAGCCUUGGAGAACCCCAAGUUAGCUUCUCGAUGGUACCAAAUGUUGCAUACCAUUAAAAAGAACAUUAUGGACAAGAAGAAGGAGAAGGCAAAACUGUCUUACCAUAAGAAGCUAAAGAAGGCCCUCAUGGUGGAGGAGGCUAAGCACAGGGUGGUGAAGCAGCGGAAGAAGAUGUCCUACCGCAAGGGCAAGCUCCGCCCGCACCCUUGA